AUGGUCCCCUCCGAGGCAUCGGCAGAUGCCCCCAGGGCAGAUGCCGCCGCGGUGCUGGCGGCCGCUGCUAGGGCGGAUGUUGCCGCUGUGGCCCCGGUGACCCCCGCGGACGUGUGCGCUGCCGAGGUACCGGCGGGCGCCCCUAAGGGGCCCGCUGCCGCGGUGCUGGCGGCCGCUGCUGGGGCGGAUGUCGCUGCCGAGGCUCCGGCGACCCCUGCGGACAUGGUCGCUGCUGAAAUACUGAGGGGCGCCCCUGAAGCGGCUGCCGUCGCCGGGCUGGCGGUCGCUGCCGGGGCGUAUGUCGCCGCUGGGGAAGAUGCCGCCGCGGCCGCCGAGGAGAUAGCCGCAGCCGCUGCAUACACCCUUGAUCUCUGA